AUGCCCCGAGCUCACCCUCCCACCCUCAACAAACGCAACACCGGAAGUUCUAGAAUACGUGCUGACUCGCCUGGAGCUGGAUCUGCGAUCACAAUUGAUAGUAGUGACAGCAGUGUCGACAACGACAUAGAGGAAGAGUGGCCUAUUAAGAGCAUCCUUCGCGAAACCGAUACUCAAUAUCUCAUUGACUGGGAGGGUCCUUACGAAUCAACUUGGGAACCCAAGGAGAACGCCAGCGAUCUUGCUAUUGAGGUCUGGGAGAAGUGGAAAGCCCGCAAUUCACGAGGUAGUGCAAUUGUCAUCUCCUCUGAUAGCAGCUCGGACUUGGAGGAAUCCAGCAGUAGCCCCGGCAGCAGUUGCAAUCCCAGUCAAGGCAACGAUCAAACCCUCAACCAGAACCUCAAUCAAAGCCCCGAUCAAGGCCCCGAUCAAACCUCCCAUCAAAGCCGCAGUCAGAGUCUCAGCACUGUCCAGGUUCUGGGUGAAGACUUCAAACCCUCAAGCGAACAGGGCGAUUACAACUCGCAAGAUUCUGCGUCAUUGUUUGUAAAGCAAAACGACCUUCCGGAAAUACUUGAAUCCAUCGAAGCUAGGAUCAAGCAAGCAUCAGCCCCCGCUCCGGCAUCUCUCAAUUAUUUGUCGGACGCCUCGCGACCACGACACCGCUCUUCUUCUUUUGAGACCCUAUCUGAAUACUCUCCGCCCCCUGCGAACCUCUCACCGGGCGAGUGUGAAGAAGUGGUCUUAGGUGAUACGCUGCAAACCAACGAAGAGCAGAUAGACGUUACUUCUGAUCAGGGUCCUUUGAUAUUUGAUCGUGGUGAGCUUUCCCGACUUGUUGCGAGAGCACCGUCGGGCUGGCAAUCAAUCAAUACACCAGAUACCUUCAAAAGUUCCAAGCCCAACGAAAUUGCCGAGACGCCUGUACAUCUACCAUCUGCGAAAAGUAAUAUCUCGUUUGACACUCCCAGUCUUAACAGCACAUUGAUUUCCCAACCUUUCCCCUCACGUGGUCCAUUUGAAGACUCGGAAUUUCCCAGACCAAAGUAUUUCGGUACAAUCCCAGAAACAAUCUUCCAUUCUUCGCAGAAACGAAAACUGAGUGGCGACGCAUUUGAUCGACCGAGAAAUUCGUUGUCGAGCCUUUUUGCAGCACGAUCAUCACGCCAAACGAUGGAUGAAAAGGAGAUCAAAUCCCCGCUCGGUGAUCUACCAGGGUCUACUCCAAGAGAAAGGAUUCGCAACGCUUGGGCUCAGCUAAGCGCAGACCCCCAAUCUGUGGGAACUCAACUGGCCAGUGGUAUUGACACUCCAUCAUCUGUGGGGGAUAUCGAGGCGUCAGUGCCAGUGUCGGUCCCCGAAACAACAGCGCCACUCAGUGUCAGAGCUGAGGCGGACCCAUUCUCUCACACCGCAGUUCAUCAUGCUCAUUCUGCUUUGCUGCCACCAUCAGAGCUAGCUCACGGGCAUCUAGGCCAACCCUCGAUGCAAACCAUUCAUCCAAGUGCGUUGACGGCCACAGGCAUGGAAGAGGUCGUGCCUGGAUCGAUUUAUCUCGGGCCCUCUGAAUUUGCUGUCACUCUUCCAAUGGACUCUCGAGUGAAGGAUGACUAUGAACGGGUCUUGGCAGAUGCAGCCACAAGCAUUCGCCGCUUUUUCGUUGGUUUCCAGUCUGAUUCUCAAAUUUCAGCUUCGGAGCGGAAGAAUCUCCAACAAAAGAUGCACGAAGUUGUUAUUCAGCUGAACAAUGUUUCAACUCAUCCAGAUCUUAACAUUGCAACUCAUCUCAAAGAUGCUUGCUCAGACCCUGAGAAAGAGGCGUCUUGGGCCGAAUACUCGAGUGCUAAAUUUCUUUUCCUUGGUCAUCUGAUGGACACCGUCGAAACGCAUGAGCUUCAUGUGAUCAUUGCGGUACAAGACGAGAAGAAACAGGCAGUUAUUGAGCGUUAUCUACAAGGAAAAGGCUUUGCAUACACCAGACCCCGCAAUGACAUGGGCCGCACUCUGGAAGUAUCCAUGUCAAGAGGACUACUCAGCUUUGGUAUCCAUUCCAGUGAGAGCGUGCGCGAACUUUACAAGACACCGUCUGCUAUUUUCGCGUUCGAUGCUACUUUCAAUCCUAAAAGCCCGUCCAUGCAGCACAUUCGAACUACCUAUGCCCGAAACGGAAACUUGCUCCCUGUGAUCUGGUUCCUCGUUGCAAACACCAGUGAACACAUUCAACGUUGUUUGCCGGAUUUGCCCGAACCAGAGCGAUUGCGUUGGCUUGUUCAUUACACUGCCCGUUUCCAUGACGAGGUCGGUGAUCUCCAGGAUGAUGCGCUGGGUGUACAUGAGGAUGCUGAGGAGAUUCUCACCUACCUCCUGGAUAGCGUCGCCGGAUGGCCACUUGCCCCUAUUGAGCCCUUGGUAUUUGUUUCCAAGGAGGAACUGGAGGCAUCGACUCCUUCGUCUGGCUCUUCACUCCCGCAGGCCCAGAAACGGUCUCUGGACGAUGAAGGCGAGGAUUACACCUCAAAGCGCGUACGAGUCGAUGCCCAAGACAACAGUCAAUUGACUGAGUCAACUAAGCCUCCAAGUCAAACAUUGUAUCGUGACCUAGAGUCACUUGAGAAGAUUCUCAUCCAGACGAAGCACGCGCACGCUACCGAGAAAGAGCAGUUGCAGGCAGAGCUAGCUCAAGUGCGUGCUCAGGCGAAAGAAAUGGAGCAGGCAUUUGGAAAAUUACAGCAUCGAUUCGAGACUCGUACCGAACAGGUCUACACGAUUCGCAAAGAACUUGAUGCAUUAGCUGCGAGCAAAACAGUCCUUGAGAGAAACUUCGAAAAGUCGGAGCGCGAAGUUCUCACUUUGAAGGAAGAAAAGAAAGUACUGAAACAUGAUCUCCAAGAAGCCAGAGAAACAAUCAAGGCUGGUGGCGGCAGCGCUGCCGAACUGGAGACGGCUCGUGGGGAAAUCCGUCGCCUUACCGCUGAAAAUGAGGACCUCAAUCGCAAGUCUACAUACGAAGCAAAGCGGUCGGAAUACACCAGAGAGCAGUAUCAAACUGCAUCUACAGCGGCAGCUCAAUCCGGCAAUGAAAGUCGCCUAUUGACAUCCGAAAACGAUGAUUUGAAGCGCAAAGCCGAUCAGAAUAAGCUCAAACUUCGCGAAAUGAACAUCAAGGACAAUGCUGCCCGCCAUCUCGCUCAAAUCGAUGAACUACAGUUGAUUCUAGCAGCGCGUGACGAACUCCUACGCAGAAAGGAGGAGGAGCUUCGUGAAAUCCGCAAAAACCGGCCAUCCACCCGCUCAACCAGCACUCAACCACGAAGCCCUAAGAUCUCUGCCAGUAGCCGUCCAACCAGCCCGGGUAUUGGCCAUAACGGGAAUGGCCACAACGGUGGCCUUCCAGGUAGAGGCAGCGCCCUACGUUUUAGCUCUGAAAUGCGGUUCUGA